AUGAACAAUCUAUUCACCAAUUCAUUCUCUCGCUUCCACAGCGAGGAAGCCUCCCCGCCGGAUCGCCACCACGUCAUCGAGAUGACAGACGCCGGAAGUCCCGGCACCGGAACCCGAGUAAACCUCGACAAAUUCUUCGACGACGUCGAAGGCGUAAAAGACGAUCUAAAAGAGCUCGAACAAAUUUCACAGACACUAAACAAGAGUCACGAACAGAGCAAAACCGUUCACGACGCUAAGGGAGUGAAGGAGCUCCGUUCUCGUAUGGACGACGACGUUUCGGUGGCGUUGAAGAAAGCCAAGAUGGUCAAGCUGAAAUUGGAGGCUCUGGAACGAUCUAAUGCUGCCAACCGGAAUUUGCCUGGGUGUGGACCCGGUUCGUCUUCGGACCGGACCAGAAGCUCUGUGGUCAACGGGUUGAAGAAGAAGCUUAGGGAUUCUAUGGAGACGUUUAACCGGCUCCGUCAAGUUAUCUCUUCGGAAUAUAGAGAGACUGUUCAACGGCGUUAUUUUACUGUUACCGGCGAGAAUCCCGAUGAUAAGACGCUUGAUCUAUUGAUCUCCACUGGUGAGAGUGAGACUUUUCUUCAGAAAGCCAUUCAAGAACAAGGCAGGGGUCAAAUUAUUGACACCAUCAACGAGAUUCAAGAGAGGCAUGAUGCUGUGAAAGAGUUGGAGAAGAAUCUACUGGCAUUGCACCAAGUUUUCCUCGACAUGACAGUAUCGGUACAAUUGCAAGGUGAGCAGUUGGAUGAUAUUGAGAGCCAUGUGGCAAGGGCGAGCUCGUUUGUGCAUACCGGAACUGAGCAUUUACAGACGGCAAGGAAGCACCAGAGAAAUACGAGGAAAUGGACCUGUUAUCUUAUUAUACUGAUUCUGAUAAUUGUUUUGGUUGUUGUUCUCAUCGUUGUGAAACCAUGGCAACAUAAUGGCGGUGGUGGGGAUAGUCAGCCUGCUCCAGCCCAGACAACCCCAUCUCCUCCUCCUCCGGCUUCUACUUAA